AUGGAAGAGGAAACCAACAUUUUCAAGGAACGCACGCUGCCGUGGUCCCGUCUGUGCGCAGCUCUGGAGGCGGAGCGGCCGCGGCCGCUGGUCUGCCGCUGCCAGAACGGCGGCGUCUGCGUCGUGCCCGACGGCUCGUUCGAUGAGCCGAGCUGCGAGUGCGUCGACCAGUACAGCGGGCCCCAGUGCGACACCUUCGUGGCCAGGAAGCGCGUGCAGAAGGCCGGAGGGACGAACCCCGCCGCCAUCAUCAUCCCGGUGCUGCUUAUCCUGCUGCUGGUCGGAGCUGUCGCCGGCUAUAUGUUUGUCAAGCGACGCGGAGGGGUGAAGACGGUGACCGGCGGCCUGCCCGGCUCCACCAGCGUGUCGUUCCGGCCGGGCACCAACGUCGAAUUCGGCGCCAAUGGCGGCGGCGGCGGCCGAGGCGCCCAUGGAUGCCGGCAUUGAUCUGGUCGGCGUCGACAGCAAGACGAGAAACUUCAGCAAUCCCAUGUACGACACGAUGGGCAACAUAGAGGCCCACGCCGAUCAGGCGGCGUCAGCAGGCGUGUACGAGGUACCGACGGAGAUGAAACCGGACGCGGCCGUGCUCGCGCCCUCGAGCGUCGUCCACCAGUCGGCCGCCGUUCCGAUGGCGCGCACCCGCGAGACCAAGCCGGCCACCUUUGACUCCGGCAAAGAUACUCAGCAGCUAGUGGAGGACGACGAGUACGACUGCUAGUGACAUCUCCCGACGGGGCGCUGAACUUGAGCUGGUGCUGCGCGCCGACAGGCGAACGGACUGUGAGCUCGCCUGUUCGGUGGAGAGCGUGCGACGCGGCAGGCGGGCGCGCGCCGCGGCCAUUCCUGCCGCCCCAGCACGGCGCCCGCCAAGGUCAAGGUUGAACCCGGACUGCGGCGGGCACUGCGGGCCAUGACUGGGGCGGAGCUGACCCCGUCGGCGCCCGCUCGUUGGCCCAGUGCAGACUGGGGGCGAUAGUUUGCCAGAUGGCGAAGAUAGUUUGCCAGAUUGCGAAUCCCGCCAAUGGCCUUAUCCACGCACUGUUAUUGGCGCCCUUGGCCGCGGCGUGGUCGGCCAAGAGACAAUGAGCUGCCAACUGUUUUGCACGAAGGUUGGUACGAUGUCGUAAUUCCGCCGCAGGCACCUUAUGUUGAGGUGGACUAAAUAGGUCACCAGUGCGAUGGCACCAGUGCGAUGGCACCACUGCGAUCCUGGAACACUUCUUACGUCUCGAGGGCAGCCUGGGCGGCUCCACGUUUCUGCGUUGUUGACAUCUGCAUUGCUUUCGAUCUCAUCAACGCAUUCUUGUGUUUGUACGACUUUUUUAACAUGAAUGAUGGCUGUACA